CAUAGGUGGUGGAGAAUCUGACACUCGUGAGUAGCGAAUAGAGUUUGUCGGAAUCUGGGGCAUCAAGGUGCCCUCAUCCGGCCUUGUCUCCGGAGCUAUGUAUAUAGUUCUCCAACCGCAUGCUUAUCGCAUCCCGCACUGCUUGUCCAGGACUACACCCCACGUAUUUCUGCUGGACGGCUGCUGGACGCAAGUAUAACGAACGGCUUCAAUGAGCCAGGAGAAAUUUGACCCUGUGGCGGAUUCGGAGAGGGACGCCGGGUCGCUCGUGGGGGAUUUGCACAACCAUCAGUUAUUCGCGAAGACCCGGUGGAGGCAGCAGUUGUUGAAAUGGGGAGUGGAGGAACGAGGCAUCGUCCCCGUCGCCCCGGAGGACCGAACGGAUAGACAUUACAGCAAGGUCUUCUUCGUUUUCUUCUCCGCGAACUUCAACAUCCUCUCAUUCUCGGCGGGUACGCUGGGGCCCAUUGCAUACGGUCUCGGGCUUCGAGACACAUGCCUAGUCAUCCUCUUUAUCAACCUCCUCACGAACAUCCCUCCAGCGUAUCUCGCAACGUUUGGUCCGAGGCUAGGGCUCCGGCAGAUGUGCCAAGCACGUUACAGUUUCGGUUACUUCGGCGUUAUCAUUAUGAGCAUCUUGGGUAUGGCGACGGGCAUGGGGUAUAACAUUCUGAACUGUAUUCUUGGAGGCCAGACAUUAUCAAGUGUAUCGAAUGGAAACCUUACUUGGACUGUUGGGAUCGUAAUCAUUGCUAUAAUUUCACUCUUUGUUUCUUUCUGCGGCUACAAAGUCCUCGUAUGGUACGAGCGACUCAUGUGGAUACCAGUGCUAGUUGCAUACGUCGUCGCUGCCGGGCUUGGCGGCAAACACCUCAUAAACCCUCCUCCGGCAGAACCAGCGACUGCUGCCGCCAUCCUGAGCUUCGCCUCGGUCAUCGCGGGCUUCGUGAUAAGCUAUGCGCCCAUAAGCUCGGACUACACGUUAUACUACACGCCAGACGUCCCAGCUUGGAAGGUAUUCACGUACACCUAUCUCGGUCUCAACGUCCCCAUCAUCCUCCUGCAAUGUCUCGGCGCCUCGUUCACCGUUGCCGCGUCCGCGGUGCCCGCGUGGAACGACGGGUACAACAACGGGAACGUCGGCGGGCUGCUCGAGGCGAUCCUCAGCCCCGUCGGGAACUUCGGCAAGUUCCUGACAGUGAUGCUCGCUUUGAGCGCGACGGGCAACAUCGCGAUCACGCUCUACUCGUUCUGCAUGUCCUUCCAGGUGUUCAUCCCGCAGGCCAUGUACGUGCCGCGAUACUUCUUCUCCGUCCUCGCCAUAGCGAUCAUCAUCCCGCUCUCAAUCGUGGGCCAGCACAAGUUCUACGACGCACUCAGCAACUUCCUCGGCCUGAUCGGCUACUGGUCGAGCGCGUUCUGUGCUGUCGUCAUCGUCGAGCACCUCGUCAUCCGCCGAGGCGACUUCGCCCUCUACGACCUGCGCUACUGGAACGACUACCGCCGGCUCCCGCUCGGGCUCGCGGCCAUCGGCGCGUGCCUCCUCGCGUGCGGCCUGAUCGUGCCGUCGAUGGACCAGGUGUGGUUCAUCGGCCCGUUCGCGAAGACGACGGGGGACAUUGGGUUCGAGUUGGCGUUCGUGGCGACGGCGCUGUUCUACGUCCCGCUGAGGCUGGUGGAGUUGCGGUUUAGGAGGCUGGUGUGAUUGUCUCGCGUCGUCAAGAAGGCUCCG